CUAGGACAUUGCGCCUGAUUGCAAGUUUUGUAGUUUGCAUGGCAACUGAUGUGAGGUGUGUUGGAGGUUGUGUCUUGCAUGCUUGAAUGGCUUGAUGGUCAACACUCGCAGCAGUGAAUCGUCGUGUGAGAUGGCACCACCGAUACAAAGCUCUGCGAUAGAUCAGGAAGACCUAAACCUCCACUCCCUGGACGUUCCAGAAGAAGCAAUUUUGGACCUCGCACAUUUGGACUUGGACACUGAAACCGUUGACAGCAAUUUGGAAGCUCUCGGGAACGACGGGAGAUGCCACCGAACGCGAGCGGUAGAACUGCAUCACAAUAGACUUUCUUCGUUUCCGAGGUCUCUGGGAACAUUUUUCAACCUUCACACCCUUGACCUGAGCAAUAAUAGCCUACGAUCCCUUUCUGACGACAUUCUUCGAAUCAGUGGUCUGAAAGUUCUUCUUAUGAGAGGCAACCUGUUGACAGGCGAUUCCCUUCCUAAGGACAUGAGUGCACUGUCGUCGUUGGAAGUGUUAAACAUUAGUGGGAACCAAUUCGUAACGCUGCCGUCUCAAGUACUCGACCUAUUGUCACUUCGAGGACUCUACGUUGGCGGCAACCUGCUUGAAGAUGUGCCCAAAGACAUCGGGAGGCUAGCGAAAUUGGAGACACUGUAUUUGGGAGGAAACGCGAUCCAGGAACUUCCCGCAGAAGUCGGUAAACUGCAAAAUCUGCAAUCGCUUGUAUUGAGCAAGAACAAGUUGGUUACUCUGCCAUCAUCGUUGGCGUGCCUCCGCAAGUUGCGCUCGCUGGCGAUUCAUGAUAAUCUUCUGACUACACUGCCACCCUCUAUCAUCAGACUAGAGAACUUAUAUGAGCUGAGCCUGAGAGGCAAUCCACUGGUGGUGCGGUUCGUAAGGGACAUGACGUACGAUCCACCUAGCUUGCAGGAGCUUGCUGCCCGCUGUGUCAAAAUUAACAAGGUGCCCUUCUGUAGAGAGGACCUUCCGCCAAACAUAUACUGCUACCUCAACUCUGCCCAGCGCUGUGUCAACCCCAAGUGUAAAGGAGUUUACUUUGAUACACGAGUGGAGCACAUCAAGUUUGUAGAUUUCUGCGGCAAGUACAGGAUCCCGCUGCUGCAAUAUCUGUGUUCUUCGAAGUGCAGCUCUCAGCUGUCCUGCGGCGGUGGCUCAGAGUCGGAAGCAUCAGAAGAUGAAAGCAAUGGCAUAGACUUGUCUCGUCUUCGCAGAGUGCUGCUGGGUUAAUGCAUCGCUGCUACUCUUUAAAACAUCACUGCCUUUGGAAGUAGACAACCCCCCACGAGCACAUAAGUUUUAUUUGUUUUGUUUUCACAUGGGAGAUAACCUAUAGUUGUUGUUGUUACUACAUAUUUUUAUAGCAAAAAUGCAGGGAGAAAUUGCCUUCUAUUCAUUUCAAAAUCCCGGACAGGAUCUCUCCUUUGUUUCACAUUCUCAUCUAGUCUUUUUUUUGUCCUCCCGAAUUUGUAUCUUGGAUGAGCUGGCAGUUCUCCCUGCAAAUAUGCGUGUGUCUCCACAUUUUUUAGUGAAUGCCUGUUCAGAAUCAUGCAAUAGUAUUUUACUUGUUACGCAUAUGUUGCCAAUCUGUUUGUGUUUAGAAUAAUACUAAUGAAGUCAUAAUACGUUUCCAGAUGGAAAGUUUCAUUUUGAUGUGUAGGUGCCAUAGCUAUUUCCAGUAGCACAGUUCAGGGUGUCUACCAACCUGGAAAACAGGGAAUUGUCAAGGAAUUUUGAUGUGACUGGGAAAGUCAGGGUAUUGUCAGGGAAUUUGGCCAAAACGCAGCUGAAGUGAGGGAAAAUCGCAGACAAGUGCUGUGAUGAUGCGCGGCGAAUCGCGAGUGUCGAUCGGUGGUUGAGCGGCGAUGGCGCAGCUAGGGUUACCACCAGGCCGGUAUUAUACCGGCACGGCCGGUUAUUUGGGCGCUCUGCCGGUAGGAAGGCGAUACCGGCAGCCUUUUCCCUUCAACAUUCCACUACAGCUUGAAUAAAUCUGGAACACAGACCCAGCUCCGCAGUCACCUUUUUCUUAGUUAAUCAACACCCUUAGUUAGUAACACACUUAGUUAGUCAACAGUUUUCUUAGUUAAUCAUUCUUAUUAUUAUUCAUUGUUAUUAUUAUUAUCAUUGUUAUUUCUAGCAUCAGUGAUACAGCCACACACAGGAACAUACGUUUCCUGGUAUUAUCUUGAGCGAGCACGCUCUCUCUCUCUCUCUCUAUGUGUGUGUGUGUGCUCGUCCACACCUCACCCACUUUCCCUUUUCCACGAGCCUUUCCCUCUAUUCCACCUCCUCUCCCUCAGCCGGUAUUUUUCACUACGAAAGGUGGCAGCCCUAGCCGCAGCAAUGUUACCACAAGUAACAGUUCACCAGUACGACACACUCUGAGGCAGAAAAGUAGGAUAGCCUCACUAAUACGUAAUAAAUGGUCUGUUUUAUGAGGAAUCUGUAUCAGAACAUAGGAGCAGGCACCAAGUUCCCUUUUGUUUUUGGCAGGGAAUUCGCUUGAAACAGUCAGGGAAUUUGAAGGCUGUAUAGUUUGGUAGACACCCUGGCACUGUACUUGUGAAGAAGCACUGGGCUUUUGGAUGCUAUGUAUGUGACUUUGUGUGUGUGAUAUUGUGGGUCUUAUUCCAAAAUAGUUAUGGGGUCGAAGAGCCACGUGGCUUUCAUGCACGUUUUGUAACGUUCUUGCGUGUGUAUUCGAUAUGCAAAGUCUUACUUGUCUCCGGGGAAUGCUGUUUUUGAAGCAUUUAAAAAGACAGGCAGCGAUGCCAAAAUGGGGAAUUUGCCUUGGGAGGAGUAGCUAGUUACCGAAGGAAAGGACAUGCCUCAUGCCUUCCCAUGAAGCGGCAUGUACUUCAAUUGAUGCAAGACAUAGAUAUGCAUGUUUAGGGGACAGAGCACAAGGUUUCUAACAUAAUCCAUCAAACAGUACCGUAAUUUCACGCGUAUAAGCAGCACCGCAGAUAAGCCACAGGACGCGUUUUUAGGAAAGCUUUAAAAUUUUUCUAGCAGAUAAGCCGCGGGCAAUACGAGACGACUGAUUUGUGUGGCAAAGGAGAUCAUAGAGAAGGACAUAAACCCUGUGGUCCAUACUCCGGGGUCAGCUCUAGAGUUCUACCAAGAUCGGAUUGUGUCCUUGUUAGGCGUUUUUCAUGGAUUGAAGGAUCAGUGAGUGACCUUCCAGAAGACUUGAAUCACUGUCACCACUUUCGUUAAAGCUGCUCGGGGGAAUGCACCAGGAAGAUCAAUCUACUCGAAUGUGGACCCGUCCUUGUUACGCACUGUUCGUGCAUCGGCAGGGCAGUGCUGUUCCAGACAUUGUCGGCCAUUUCGUUAAAACCGGCGUAUGGGGAAAAUACCAGGAAAUAAUCGUCAUCAGAUAAGCCGCACCGGUGGAUAAGCCGCAGAGCGCCCGUGAGAAAACAAAUCGUGCAUAAGCCGCGGCUAAUACGCGUGAAAUUACGGUACAAUUUCACAGUUCCUUUAAGGUCACUAACUAUGAUUGAAAAGAGCCUUCUCAGCUUUACAGGAUUCACUUACCUCAUGAUGCACAAGCAGGUGUAAGGCCUUUUCUAUUCCAUUUUGUAAGCAAUUGUUUCAUAAUCAUCUUAGAAGACUGAUCAAAGUUAUCUUAGAAGUACUAUUCCAGAGAGCUCUUCCUUUCCUUUUUAUCUCUUUACGAAAUUUGUUGUAUGCCACAUACUCACGCUUCAACUUUAAGUUACACAACUGUGUUAUAUUCGAAAGAACAAGUUAGAUUUUGCUGGGUUUUACUGCAGUAUCCAACACUGGAACAAGGAGCUAAUUAUUUGUGUGUCAUUGUUAGACUAUAUACAAUACGUCUUUAUUAGAGCGCAAAUCUUCUACUUUAAGAUUUAGAUACGAAAUACUGUUUCAGUCCAUUUAUCUCCUUUGGCUGCUGUGAGGAAAUAAUGAUGUUAAAUGAUGAAUGAGGACAUAAUGAUGUGACACCGAAAACUGGCUACAGAACCACCAUGGCAGAGUUAUAUAGAAGACUCUGCUUGUGAUUUGACACCAUUUCUUUGGGAUUUCAGCAGCGGGAAGUGUUUAGUUUCUUGCUUUGGUAGUACACAGUGUGUACUGCGUGUAUGACAAUUCCUUGUUUGUGAACACAUUUGAUAUAUGUGAUAGGCUUCACGAACAAAGCGUGCUGCGUGUGCAUUAGGGGCAGAGUACAUAUAUGGUUGCUAUGGUAAAGGCAAAGACAGGACGGAGUAAUAAUUGACAUCUAUAUGUUAGAAAAAGCAGCAUGAAAGUGUCGUAGUAAUGACUGCGGUAAACGUACAAAAAUGUACAUUAACAGUCUGCUUAACAAAACGUUCUACAAUGACUGAUCACGUAAAACUGUAUUUUCUUCAUGAAACCAACGUCUUUCAAAAUACAUUUGUAUAUUGGUGUGAAUAAAUUCAUUAUUGGCACUCAGA